AUGACAGCUCAAAUCUUGGCGGCUGAAUUAGGCAACCUUAUACAGGAUGCAAAGCGCAAGAACACAGAACUACGAAAUGCUGCAGAAGCAGCUUUGAAAGACUUGAAGUCUCUUUCUAAUACUUCUGAGGCUCAACUUUCGGCUGGUCAUGAUGUUCAGUUGAAGAUACUGCAGGCGUUGCCUUCACUGGUGCAGAACUACCCCGCGGAAAUACGGAGCGAGUCACUAUCCGCUGUCCUGCAAAUCUGUUCAAGUCUUCAGAAUGCGAAGAAUUUCGCCGUCAGCAACACGGCUGCAGCUACAUUGCAACAACUAGUCAUUGUUGUAUUCGACAGGGUUGCAUCAGAAGAUGAGAAGUCCCUAGAGAUCCCCACAGUGACCGAGGUGAAAGGCGACGAUGGCCAAGUAUCCGUCAGGCCGGCAGCGAACGAUGCCUACAAGAUGUUUACCGAUCUUAUUGCACUUGUUGUAGGAGAGAAACCCAUCUUCAUGCGAUUCGCUUCUCUGCCGCCAGCCUCAACACUGGAACUAAUCGAGGCCAUCUUAUCAAAUCACAAUAAGAUCAUGACGACCCAUCUUGAGCAGAUCUACAUCAUGCGAUCCCAGCUGAUGCCGCUGAUAAUUCGCUCGCUAUCUGACCGUCUGUCCUUCGCAGUAACUGUUCGUAUCAUCCGGAUACUACAUCUCAUCAUCCGAUAUCACCUUGACACGCUUCCCUCCGAAUGCGAGAUUGCGCUUGGUCUUCUGAACCACAUGCUCGAUCCCGAGGCUUCUCAGGCAUGGAAAAGAGCUCUUUGCCUCGAAGUGUUCCGCAGCAUCUACGCUGAUUCUAGACUUCUUCUAGCAAUUUAUGCGCUCUUCGAUGCGGAAAACGGAAAAAAGAACAUAUUCGGAGACAAUCUAGCUGCUUUCGUUCGUCUUGCGACCGAGAAACCAGCAAUCAUUGGCUUAGGCCAACACUCGACAGCUGCCGCUGGCUUUGAGGACAGUAGUGCCGCGGUGUCAGACCAAGCUGUUGCAGAAGCGGGUGCAUUGGCCGGCGUCAUAGGGGGCUCCGUGAGCGAUAGUAGCAACAAUGUUCGUCCUUCAGGUAUCAGCAUGCAGUGGAGCUCUCUCAAGACUCCUUGUAUCGAACAUCUCGACAAAACCGAGCCGCCUGCAUUACCCGAAACGUACAUAUAUAGUCUGGUGCUAACUUGCAUCACUAAUAUUUCCGAGAGCUUAGCGAAGUUUGUUCUUCCUCUGACCGUACAUCAUGAAAAUCGGAAUCGGAAGAAAAUCAAGGCCGAGGAGACGAACGAAAACGACACAGACGCAUCUCCAGAUCGAAACGUUCGAAGACUCUCGAGAACUCACUCUUUCCGCAAAAAGACUAUACCAGUCAACCCUCUUGACUUGACCGAUCACGCAGCGUACCCCUACGUGCAAAUCUCAACGAAAUUGGUCACUGAAUGCUGGCCUGCAGUCCUUGCAACCUGUUCAACAUUUCUCAAUGCGACGCUUGACGCAGACUAUUAUCGGGCUCUAGUCCGAGCCAUACAGAAAUUCACCCAGGUCGCUGGACUUCUUAGACUCUCAACACCGCGAGAUGCGUUUCUCACAACCAUGGGCAAGGCAGCAGUCCCGUCAAACUUGCUGUUAGCAAACGCUGCGUCACCUGUGGGUGAAAAGCCUGGUAUCUUCUCUAAUGCAAGAGGGAUGCUCAGCGUAGACAGCUUCGUGAGUCAAGCUUCCUCAAUGUCCACUGAUAAAAACCGGCGCCCUUCACACGAUGUGUCAGCACCUACACUGGGACCUCGCAAUCUAUUGUGUCUACGGGCUCUGCUCAAUUUGGCAAUCGCGUUGGGCCCGACGCUGCAAUCAGCCUGGUCCAUCGUCUUUGAGACGCUUCAAGUAGCCGAUCUAGUGCUAUCCUUGUCCAGCCAGACUAGCAGUCGUGCAUCUGUAUCUGGAAAUCGUAUGGAUAUGGAAACCAACACGGAGAAGAUGGAGGCAGAAACCUCAGCUGUGCAGAGCGCCGCUCGCAGACUUUUCGAGAGUACUGUGGACUUUCCUAACGAUUCCUUCUCUGAGGUGUUGCAAGCUCUUUGCUCACUUCUCAAUGGUGUAUCGCCCUCAGAGAGCGGGCAAAGAACACCAACCACUUCUGGUCGCCCCCAGGUUUUGCAUCAGCGGCGGCUUGGUAGCGUAUCUGGAAUAUCUCUUAACACGGAUGCAAACUCCCGCGAUUCGGCGUUCGCAUUGAACAAAAUCGGAGAGUUGGCCUCGCUAAACGAAAGCAGAUUGUCGCAAUAUGAUCCCGCAGAAAGUGGAUGGGAUAUCCUGAUUCGAGAAGUUGUGCGUUACUCUACCGACGGUCGAAAAGCCACAUCUACGAGGCUGCUGGCAGCCGAUAUUCUAGCUAGGACGGUCAGGGAGAUUGCUGAGCUUUCCAUGUCCGAUGAGCAGCGCGAAGAAAUCCAAGCUCGCAUACUUGCUGCAUUGCAAAAACAGAUUACUGACCUCCAUCACUAUGAUGGUAUCAGCAAAGACACGAUCACUGAUACGGACAUACGCGUUCACCAGAUAGCUCUUGACGCACUCAAAAACGUGAUUGAGCAAUGUGGAGAGUCGCUAGUUGCUGGCUGGACCUCUGUCAUCGAAAGCUUGAUGAGCGUCUUUACUCAUCAAGCAGCACCAGAACAGGGUGUUACAAAAGAUGUCGAUACCUCAGACCUCAGCAAAAGCACUAAUACCACUGUAGACGUUAUCUCAAGGUCUCUUGCUCGAUCCGCAUUUGCAACAGCCAACCUAGUUUGUUCGGAUUUCAUGACCGCUGUUCCGGAUGCUUGCCUCUCGACGCUCCUAGAACUCUUGCGCAGGUUCUGCUCCCAGAGAGAGGAUCUGAACAUGUCACUCACUGCGAUUACCUUCUUUUGGAACGUGUCCGAUUACUUGCAGUCACGGACCGACCUCUCUUUACUGACGGAAGUUGUUUCUCAAGCCAGUGACAAGGAGCAAGUUAAACGAGAUGUACACACGUGCCCACAGGAAGGAAAUACUGCAGCUUUAUGGCUUCAAGUUUUGCUAAAUCUCUCAUCCAUCACAACAGAUGAACGUAUGGAGGUGCGACAUUCUUCAAUACAAACGAUACAAAGGAUCUUUGAAAACUGUUCGGACCAACUUUCUUCGGAAGUGUGGUUACUAUGCCUUCGCACUAUAUUGUUCGGUAUGGUAGAGGCCAAUCUGGACAUCCAAAACGACAAUAGACAGCAACGACCACGCAAAGACGAUCUGAAAGAAUGGGAUGAGACUACGAAAGCCGUUCUCCAAACCGUUACCGUCCUCAACACGCUUUACAUGGAAAAGCUGGACAGGUCCCAGCUCGGUGACGCAUGGUCAGAGCUACUCGAACUCCUGAAACGCUACUUCGACUACCGCUCGCAUGCCUUAGGAGCUUCGGUAUUCCGUACAAUGACAGGUAUCCUAUCUCAGGCCGAAAAUGCCAAUGUGUUGGGCAUGGAUCCUCUUCUCAAAACUGCGGCAGUGUGGAGAAGCUACUUUCCCACUCCAGAUGCUUGGCAAGACACGCACGAAGAGGAUAACCAAGACGCAUUUGUAGCAUAUGCAGAGGCUUUCAAAGCAAUCUAUCGGCUCGCAGAUGGACUCCUUAUCAAAGAUUUGCCUUCUAUGCUCACGAGUCUCGAAGCCUGCGUUGUCAACUCAGACGAAGUCGCUUACUCGUCAGAUCUGGAUACUAUGACGACGCUUCAAAGUCAGAUCAUGGAAUGCUUGGCGACGGUCAAGACAGAAGGUACUGACAUUCCGUCGUAUCUAAUACGUUUGUUGGGCCGGUUUGUUGCGCUACCGUAUACCUCUUUGGCUGAGUCCCCGGAGAAGCGCGGGCCGACCUUUGUAGCGCUUUCAAAAGCAUCAAUGACGCUUCUGCAAGAUAUCGCCAUCAGACAUGUUGGGGUAAAAGAGAUGUAUACAAGCAACGCACUGUCAUUUGCUCUUACCUGCUUAGCACGGCCGAUAGAGGAAAAGUAUGUGUGGCAGCGAGAAGGCAGGGCACCGACUCUGUGGCAAAAGGCCACUACGACAUCUACAGCAAUACUUGAAUCAGUGUUGCCACAUAUUGAGUCUAGUAAAGAUAUUUGGACCACACUGGUCGACAUCGCGUACUGCAUUACGCGAGCGCAAUCAUUGCCUAGUGCUCAGGCUUCACUUGGGAAAGAUGAGCAGUUUGACAUACAAUCUUUCACUCAUUUUCGCAAUCUCAUCACGCUACCGCUCGGCUCGGCUUCGCUGCCAGAUAGUCUUCGACGUACAUACGCUCGCAAUCUCUUUUCCACAUCUUUGACCCAUAGCCCUCUACCUGGAGAACUGCCUGAGACCGCCACUUCGCCACUCGAAGAGCUCUACAAAAUACGCCUUGGACAGACUGCGGAGCUGGAUUACACAUGGCGACCAGACAUGAGCUAUGCCUGUCUCUCCGAGCUCUUUCGCCUUGUCUCCCUGCACGAUAGCAGUCCGGAAUGCAUCAAGCUAGCUCAAGCAGCGGCUCCAUAUCUCAUUCUAAGGUGCGCACUUCCGCUCAAGACGUAUAUCGCAGACCAGCCACUUCGCGGCCGCAUGCCUGCACCAGAAUCGCAAAGGCGUGAGCUGAUUUUUGUACUGGAACAACUGGAGAAAUUAAAGAGCGAGCCACAUGCGAUACUUGAUGCCCCGGGAGUCAAAUCCAAGCACCGAAAGCAUCUGCACAGGCUGUACCCAUUGCUUCUCAGAGCGACGAGGGUAGCUAGGCAGGAUGGUGAGGUAUUUGAGCACUUGGCAAAGCUGACUGAUUUGAUCGGUGAUGAAUUUGGGUUAGAUGAUGACUGA